UAUGUACCACAUUUGACCGCGUUAGUAGUUUGUUUUUUUAUUAUUAUUGUUAUCUGGGAGCAAUGCGGCGGAGUAAGACAGAAGUGGACCGGUACGUUUCCUCCGUACAGAGCUCCUCUCCCUCCCUCAAAGAGAAGCCAGUCAAAGGAUUUUUAUUUGCAAAACUCUACUUUGAAGCAAAAGAGUAUGAACUUGCAAAAAGACAUGUAUCAGAGUAUCUCAAAGUCCAGGAGAGGGAUCCCAAAGCACACAAGUUCCUCGGACAGCUCUUCGAGAGAGAAAGAGAAAUCAACAAGGCAGUAGGAUGUUACAAGCGAUCGGUGGACUUGAACCCGGCCCAGAAAGACCUGGUGCUGAAGGUGGCAGAGUUACUGGUCAACAAGGAGGAAUGUGACAGCAAGGCAGACUUCUGGGUGGAGAAGGCUGCCAAGCUGCUGCCGGGAAACCCUGCAGUCUUUAACCUGAAGGAGCGUCUGUUGAAUCGUCAAGGUCAGCAGGGUUGGAACCAACUCUCUGACCUCCUCCAGGCCGAGCUGGCAGCGCGGCCAGCUGACACACAUGUCAACGUGAAGCUGGUUCAGCUGUUCUGUCAGGACGGUCGGCUGGAUGAGGCCGUCAAGCAUUGCCUGUCUGUUGAGAGAAGGGGCAUGCUUCGCCACAGCCUGGACUGGUACACCGUGGUGGUGCACACACUACAGGAGUAUCUGGCUCAGCCCAGCAUCGCCAGUGAUGAGAAGAUGUGUCGCUGUCUCCAGAGAGAGCUGCUAUUGGCUCACUGCAGCCUGCUGAGAAUCACACUGUCUGGGAGCAGUGUGCAGCCCAGCAUUGAUGCCCUCAGAGAUUUUGACCAAGCUAUGCAGACGCUGAGUAGCAUUGCGGGCCGCCACACAGACUAUCUUUGUGAGGUGUUUGUGGAGAUGCGAGGUCACCUCUAUUUGCAUGUUGCCACAUUAGUCCUGAAGCUGGCUCAGGAUCAGCAAAAGACGUGGAGGGCCGUCAUUGACCUGGCUGCUCUGUGCUAUCUGCUGGCAUACCAGGUCCCCAGACCAAAGAGUAAAGUGACCAAAAGAGACCAGUCAGCGCCUCAGCUUCUGGAGCUGCUGGCAAACGACCGACUGAGUCAGGCCGGCCACAUGCUGCUCAAUCUGAGCACUGACCCGUCCACCUUGAUCGGAGAGGUGGUGGAGGCGUUUGGGAACCGUUGCGGUCAGGACUCUCUGUUUGAACUCCUCUUUGGACAGCAGGCCUCUUCUGCAUCUUCCUUUAUUGCCAAUGAUGACAUUCAUUCCAUUAAGGCAAUGACUCCACAGAUCUCUCAGAUAGCUGGGUGGGAUGCUGGCUCCAUCCUGCUGCACGCUGGUGACUUGCAACAUUUGAGCUGGUUGGGGUUGCAGUGGACCCUUCUGGGCCAGAGACCAGAACUGCGGGAUUGGCUGCAGCAGCUCUUUCCGAGGCUUACCCUGGAAACCUCCAAACUGGACACAAAUGCACCAGAGUCCAUCUGCGUGCUGGACUUGGAGGUGUUUAUAUAUGGUGUGGUGUUCUGUAGCCAUUGUCAGCUUCAGGAGACGGCAAAGAUCAGCAGUGCAGUGAACCAGCAGCAGCAACAGCAGCUCUACGAGCCACGCUGCCUCCCCCUUCCUCUUCUUCGCCUCCUGACCACUGACAGACAGAGGGAGUGGUGGGAUGCCAUCUACAGCCUCAUUCACAAACAAGCUGCUCCUGGCAUGUCAGCAAAAUUGCGAAUGAUUGUGCAACAUGGACUGAAAACUCUGAGGGCCGGAGAAAAACAUGGGCUCCAACCAGCACUGGCUAUUCACUGGGCUCAAUGUCUCAGCCAGACGGUUGAUGGACUGAAAUCAUACUAUGACCAGAAGGAGUACAUCAGCCGCAGUGUCCACUACUGGAAAGUCGUCCUUCCACUGUUGGACAGGAUCAAAAACAGACACAGUAUACCUGAACCCCUGGAACCACUCUUCAUACACUUUCGCUCCAAAGAUACUCAGAUCUCAUCUGUGAAGGGAUAUGAAGAGGAAGCCCAAAUCACAUAUGCAGUUCUCCUUGACAUUGAAGGCAAGACAGAGGAGGCCAUCGCUGCCUUGGAAAUCAUCAAUAACAUGUCGUCCGCCUGGCAUCUGGCUCAGAUCUACCAGCGGCUGUCAGAGGAGGCCAGCAAUGGGGUUGAGGAGACACAAGACAAGUGCAUCACCUUCCUGAGGAAGUUCAGGACCUACUUGGCCAAGAUCUACAAUGCCAAUGUAGAUGACUUUGACAAGUUGCCUGUGUCCAUGGAGGAAGUUUAUGACCUCCUGAAUGAUGUGAACCAACAGCUGGGGGAGAAUGGGGAGGACAUGGAUGAAGGAGAGGAGGAGGACAAGGUUGGAAGAGGACCAGCCCAUUCCACCCCUGCUCAUCCCUUAGAAACCAGUGCCACCAUAUCCCACGUCAAAUUUGCCACUCCCUCCCCAAAUAAAAGCAUUGUCUCUCCUUCCAAAAGACACCUGAUUUCUCCGAAGACCCCACCUCAUUGGGUGGAGGACCAGAAAAGUCUCCUCCAGAUGCUGUGUCAGCAAGUUGAAGCUCUCAAGAAUGAGGUUCAUGAUCUGAGACACAACUCUUCAGGGAGUGUAAGCUCUCCUCAUCACAAGAUGUAUGGAGAGAGUUAUGGAGCUGAGGGCCUACAGGAGCCUUUCACCCCAGUCCAGUCCUACCAUGGGGCCCCCCUAACAGUUGCCACCACAGGCCCUUCUGUGUACUACAAUCAAUCUCCGGCAUAUAACUCACAGUAUCUCCUGCGCACAGCAGCAAAUGUAACCCCCACCAAGGGUCCAAUGUAUGGUAUGAACCGUAUGCCACCUCAGCAGCAUAUGUAUGCCUACCAGCAGCCCACACAUACACCUCCACUGCAGACAGCCCCAGCCUGCAUUUACCCUCCUCAAGAACAGGUCUUUGGUGCCCCUCUUCGAUUUGAAUCACCAGCCACUAACCUUCUAUCGCCAUAUAGUGAAGAAUAUUACGGCCAGAGUGUACCCCAACAAACAACAAACCCUCCCUUACCUGAACCUGGUUACUUCACCAAACCGUCUGUAGUCCCUGUUCAGCCACAAAAGAGCAUUGUGGGGAAGCCUAUGAAUUUUGGGAAGCUCUCCUUCAGCCAGCAGGCACCUGCUGAGGUUCCCAAAGUGCCUAGUUUUGGAGCAAGCGCAGUUGCCCAGUCAACACCUUCAGCUGCGUUUAAAUUUAACUCCAACUUUAAAUCCAACGAUGGAGAUUUCACUUUCCCUGCUUCUCAGGCCAAGCAUAGUGAAAGUUUGCUUGGUCUUCUUACGUCAGACAUUCCCACUAAAACAGAUACUGUUCCAGAGAAGCCCACAGGUCAAGAGCAGCCCCCCAGCCAAACAGGCAUCUUCACCUUUGGCAAUACAAAUUCUAAUGGCUUCUCCUUUGCUGAUGCAGCACAGAGUACAAAUACUGGAAGUGUGUUUGGAAACGUGGACCAGCCAUUUAAAUUUGGGGAUACCAAGCCAGUGUUCGGUCUGCCCACGUCUGCAGCAGAAGAGGAAAGGGCAGCGGACAGCGACAAUGACAGCACACAUGCUGAUGAAGAUGAGGAUGGUCCUCACUUUGAACCCAUUGUACCCCUUCCAGACAAAGUAGAUGUGAAAACGGGUGAGGAAGAAGAGGAGGAGAUGUUUUGCAGUAGGGCAAAGCUGUAUCGAUUUGACACAGAUUCAAAAGAGUGGAAGGAGCGGGGCAUUGGAAACAUUAAAAUCCUAAAACACAGCACUAAAGGAAAGGUUCGCCUCUUAAUGAGGAGGGAACAGGUCCUUAAGAUCUGUGCCAAUCAUUACAUCAAUACUGAUAUGUUACUGAAACCGAAUGCUGGCUCGGACAAAUCCUGGGUCUGGAAUGCCAUUGAUUAUGCAGACGAAGAGCCCAAGCCUGAGCAGCUAGCCAUCCGCUUCAAAACCGUAGAUGAGGCAUCUCUUUUCAAGGCCAAGUUUGAGGAAGCUCAGAAAAUUGUGUUAAGAUCAUCAGAAAAGCAAGAUCAACAGGAGAAGAAAGAGAGCUUACCAGCUUCCAAUCCACCGUCAACAUUGGCAGCACAGUUUGCACUUAAAGAAGGGGAAUGGGACUGUGAUGUGUGCUGUGUAAGAAAUAAACCCCAGGAUAUGAAGUGUGCUGCUUGUCAAAUUGCCAAUCCGAAUUGUUCAUCUUCAUCAAAGCCAGACAUUCAGGCUGCAAAUGAAACCAAAGCCAGUCCCUUUACUUUCAAGUUUGGAACUGACUCAUCAAAGCCCACUAGUUCUGGCUCUCCAUUUACUGGGUUUGGUGGUUUUGGAGCUUCCGUACCCUCUGCAUUUACAUUUGGCACAGGCACCUCAAAACCUGCUGACACAGUAACCAGUGCAUUUGGUUCUGGCUUUGGGGUUCAGUUUGGCAAGAAGCCAGGGCAGUGGGAUUGUGGCACAUGUUCUGUAGCAAAUGAGGCCUCUGCAGACAGUUGUGUUUCUUGUAAAGCUCUGAAAGUGUCACCUAAAAAAACUGCCACAGAACAAGUGGCACCAGCUGCAACAGCACCUGUAGUUAAACCCUCAGACGUUGUUGACAUUGGGUUUGCUGCCCAGUUUAGCAAGAAGCCAGGGCAGUGGGACUGUGACAUAUGCGAAGUAAGAAAUGAAGCAUCGACUGACAAAUGUGUUGCCUGUAACACUCCCAACCCUACUGCUAAAUCAAAAGAGGAUACUCCAGUUGCAUCCUCCCUGUCAACAGCAUUAGUUAUGCCAGGAUUUGGAGCAGAACUUGCAAAGAAGGAUGGGCAGUGGGACUGUAAUUCCUGCCUGGUCAGAAAUGAUGCAUCAGCUACUGAAUGUGUUUCUUGCCACACCUGUCGUCCUUUAGAAGAAAUGUUUGCCAAGAAGGAUGGAGAAUGGGACUGUGACAUGUGUCUGGUGAGAAAUGAUGCCUCUGCCAAUAAGUGUGCUGCUUGUCAGACACCAAAUCCCAAUGCUAAAAGCGUUACCAGUGCUGCACCCUCAGCUUCCAACUUUAAGUUUACCUUUGGAGACAAGAGUUCAUCAAGCCAGCCUGCUGGAACUGGAUUUACAAUGCCUUUUGGAACAAGUAGCACUUUUGGAACAAGUAGCACUUUUCAGUUUGGUCAAAACAAAGAUACCAGCUCGGCUGCUUCUUUCAAGUUUGAGGUUCCUCAAUCUGGAUCUAGUACCACAAGUUCUUCGGGCUUCUCUUUCUCAAUGCCCAUUCCAUCUGGUGGCUUUAAGUUUGGCAUUCAGGAAGCUACAAAAGAAACUUCCUCAACUGAUAAUGAAACGGCCCCAACAGUGUCAGCUUCUAGUUUUCUUAAAAGCAUAGCUGACAAACACAAGGAGAAAGAAGAUGUAUGUACACCCUUAGUAGAUCAAACAGGGAAAGAUCCAAAUCCAUUAAUUGCUGGAAAAACCGAUACGUUCAGUUUUGCAGACCUGGCACAAACCACUGGAGAAGACUUCAAGUUUGGCCAGAAAGACCCAGAUUUCCAAGGUUUCUCUGGGGCUGGUGAGCAGUUGUUCUCGGCCUUCCCGGCAACCCCCACCAAGACAGAUGCCACACAUGAUCUGGAGGAAGAUGGCAUGUAUAAAACAGAAGAAAAUGAUGAUAUCCAGUUUGAACCAGUGGUCCAGAUGCCUGACAAGGUGGACCUGGUCACAGGGGAGGAAGAUGAGGUGGUUCUAUACUCUCAGCGUCUCAAAUUGUUCAGAUUUGACUCUAACACGAGUCAGUGGAAAGAGCGUGGUGUAGGAGUCCUUAAAUUCCUAAAAAACACCAGUAAUGGCAGGCUAAGGGUGCUGAUGAGAAGAGAGCAAGUUCUGAAGGUUUGUGCCAACCACUGGAUCAACACCACCAUGAAUCUUAAGCCUCUGGCAGGCUCAGACAGGGCGUGGAUUUGGAUGGCCAAUGACUUCUCUGACGGGGAUGCUAAACCAGAGCAGUUGGCUGCCAAAUUUAAAACCCCAGAGCUCGCUGAGGAAUUUAAAGAAAAGUUUGAAGAGUGUCAAAGACUUCUCUUAGACAUCCCUCUACAAACCCCGCACAAGCUUGUUGACACAGGUAGAACAGCACAUCUCAUUCAAAAAGCGGAGGAAAUGAAAUCCGGUUUGAAAGACCUAAAAUUCUUCCUGACAGAUGAGAAAACAAAGAUCAAAGAUGACGAAAGCCAGGAAGAGCCUUCAAGCCUUGUAAUGAAGUCUCACGGUGAAACCACUGGCCCCACCCUAGAGUGGGACAACUAUGACCUUAGAGAUGAAGCGUUAGAUACUACUACUGACUCAUCAGUCUAUGCCUCUCCUCUCGCAAGCAGUCCCCUGAGAAAGAACCUUUUCCGGUUUGGAGAAUCCACUGCUGGGUUCAACUUCAGCUUCCAGCCUGGCAUUAGCCCCUCCAAAUCUCCUGCUAAGCUAAACCAGAGCAGAGCCUCAGUGGGCACUGAUGAUGAGCAGGAUGUAACCCAGGAUGAGGAGAGAGAUGGCCAGUACUUUGAACCUGUGGUCCCCUUGCCUGAUUUGGUGGAUAUUUCCACAGGGGAAGAAGAGGAACUAAUAGUCUUCAGUCACAGGGCCAAACUGUAUCGCUACGACAAGGGACUGAGUCAGUGGAAGGAGAGGGGAAUUGGAGACCUCAAGAUCUUGCAGAAUUAUAAGACCAAACGAGUGAGGUUGAUAAUGAGGAGGGACCAGGUACUCAAGAUCUGUGCCAACCACUGGAUCACAGCUGCCAUGAAGCUGGAACCCAUGAAGGGCGCUGAGAAGGCCUGGGUCUGGAGUGCCUUGGACUUUGCUGAAGCCGGGGAAAGUAAUAUUGAGCAACUGGCUGUGAGAUUCAAACUGCUGGAGACUGCAAACGCAUUUAAACAGGUCUUUGAAGAGGCCAAGGUUGCACAAGAAAAGGGGGAACUUAUGACCCCCGUGACUUCCAGAGUCGCCACACCUCAAGACAGUGAACCCACAACAUCAGAAAAGGAUGCUACACCUGUGUGUGGGAAAGCAGCCAUUACUGUUCUGGAAGAGACCACAAAGGAACGUACAGAGCUUUCCACCGACAGUCAACCAUGCACAGCUGGGUCUCAGAGUCCAGGCAACCCCUCCAAGGGAGUGGUGUCGCCCCCUAAAUUUGUGUUUGGGACUCAAAGCCUUCAGAAGAUUUUUGGCAGUCCAAAAUCUCACUCUGACGACGGUGAAUGCGGUUUGAAGCCCAAAGAUUCUGGACAUCCUGCCAAGGCUCCACCUGCACAACCUGCAUUCAAAAUCCCAGAGAAAGGCCUGGAUUUUAGGCUUUUCAAAGAUAACCCAAUGGCCUUUUGGACCAGCACAUCAACCACCCAAUUUGAAUCCCCAGGUACUCUAAUCACUGCAGUGUCCAGUGCUAGGUCUGAUGAUGAAGAUGAUGAUGAGGUGGAGAUUGUGUACGUCAGGGAACCCACCGCUGAACAGGCUGCUUUAGCCAGGAAACUCCUGCUGCCUCUCACCUUCUUCUGCUACCAGAAUGAACCAGGCUACACCAGCGACGAUCAAACUGAUGAUGAGGACUAUGAGUCAGCAGUGAAAGCCUUGAAUGGAAAGCUCUACCCCGAUCCUCCAGAGAGAAAGGCAGGAGCAUGUGGCGAUGAGUCAGACUGCCAGGUGGUCUGGGAAAAGAAACCGACACCAGAGGAGGAAGAGAAGGCCAAAAGCCUCCAGCUUCCACCCACCUUCUUCUGUGGCCUGAGCACCACAGACAGUGACCCGGAUCACGACAAGUCUGAAGACUUUGAGACAGAAGUACGAAAGGCACAACAAGACCUGGAGGCCGAGUUCAACAAACCUGACAUGGUCUCCAGCAGUCCUGCAGAAGAGACAACAUCAGACCCAUCAUCUAGCAGCGCGGAGGCUGCAGUCAGCAUGUCUACACCAGAGGACCAGACCUCCGACCAGCCAGCAGACACGCAGAGCGAAGCUCCGAGAAGCAGCUCUCCCAUUGACCUGUCAACUAAGAAGAGCCAAGAGCCAGACUCUAACACAGAAACUUCCGCAGCUACAACUGCUACGACAACAAGUCAAGAUUCCUCUGGCUUCGGUUUCAACUCAUUGGGAGGCUUUUCUUUUGCUGACUUGGCCACUAAAACAGAAGGAUUUGCAUUUGGAGCAAAUGACUCCAACUUCUCCUGGGCAAACGCAGGAGCUACAGUAUUUGCAGGUCCUGCAGCACCCAAAAACGACGGAGAUGUAGAGGGGAGCGAUGAAGAAGAAGGUUCUAAUAAUCCAGACAUUCACUUUGAGCCAAUAGUGUCACUGCCAGAGGUGGAGACAAAGUCUGGAGAGGAAGAUGAGGAAAUCCUGUUCAAGGAGCGUGCCAAGCUGUACCGAUGGGACCGGGACCUUGGCCAGUGGAAGGAGCGUGGCAUCGGUGACCUCAAGAUCCUCUUCCACCCAGCUAAACAUUUCUACCGAAUCCUGAUGAGAAGAGAGCAGGUGCUGAGAGUUUGUGCUAACCACACGAUCUCAGAGGCGAUGGAACUCAAACCCCUGAAUGCCUCAGCUAACUCACUGCUCUGGACAGCCACCGACUACUCAGAUGGGGAUGGCGCAGUGGAGCAACUGGCAGCAAAGUUCAAAACCCCUGAGAUAGCCGAAUCCUUCAAGAAGAUUUUCUGCGAGUGUCAGAGCCGCAUGGGCCAAAGUAGUGACGAUCCCUCGAGUGUCUUUUCACCGCAGAUGUCUAAAAUUCAAGAACACUCCAGAGACUCUAACCCAAAGGUGUUCCUCACAGUGACAGCAGACGCAGAGCCACUAGGCACCAUCACCAUUGAGCUUUUCUCCCAUAUUGUUCCCAAGACAGCAGAGAACUUCAAGGUUCUCUGCACUGGAGAGAAAGGCUUCGGGCUGCGGAACUCCAUCUUCCACAGGGUCAUACCAGACUUUAUGUGUCAGGGUGGUGACAUUACCAAAAGCGACGGCACAGGAGGCAAGUCCAUCUACGGCAGCCAGUUUGAAGAUGAGAACUUCGACGUUCGGCACACAGGCCCGGGCAUACUGUCCAUGGCCAACCGAGGGCGUGACACCAACAACUCGCAGUUCUUCAUUACCCUGAAGAAGGCUGAACACCUGGACUUCAAACACGUGGCUUUCGGCUGGGUGCGGGAAGGCAUGGAUGUGGUACAGCAGAUGGGAGCGCUGGGCACGAAGGGAGGCCCACCCUCGAAGAAGCUUGUCAUCACAGACUGCGGACAGCUCUAGACUAUUGAAAUGUAAAGAUUCACAGCUUGGUUUAGGUCAUAAGGUAAAAGACUUUGGAUAAUGAGGUGUUCCUUGUGCAGUGCAUCCCCUCCUGCUGAAGCUGAAUCCAUAGUCAUUAGGCAUCUGAGAAUUUAACACUGAUCAUCGGACUGCUGGUCAAGACCCUCCAUCACAGACACCUGACUCCAGUAGCCUGGGAUGAGAAAUUAUUCCUCUAUCCUAAUUUGUAGUCUCAAAUGGGAAACAUGUGGGAGGAGGCAUUUGGAGCAAACCUAGUUUACGUUUGCUCUGUUGCACUUGUAUCUAAAUCAUUGUCAAUAAAUACUCAUAAGUUUAUUUUGUCUGUAUAAUUGUACAUGGACUACUUUUUUUAAUGUCUGUUUUUUGUUCUUUUGUGUUGCAUGUGCUCAGUUUGAACGUGCUUGUCCUUUUCAUCUGCUCCACUCGGGGAUUGUUUUUCCCUUUCCUUGAGGAAGUCUUAAAUUGUAAUGGGGGAAAAAAAGAGGUUAAUUGAAAGCACUAUUGUUUUGUAACUGUGCUCCUGCCUUCUCUCCAAAUGCUGCCUCUGUGUACUUUUUACUGUAGGUGUCCCCCACUGAUUAUUUUUUGUGUGUGUGUGUGUAAAUGAAUUUCACAAUGUGCAGAUAAUUGGACUUCAAACUUUUCCCACGUACACUUAAGUCAUCUCACUGUGUUGCUCAGUGGAUGCAGGGUGGGUUGAUGGUGACGACAUUAAUCUGUUUCAGGUUUUACAUAGACGAUCCAUUAUAGUUUGAGAUUAUCACAAUUGAAGUUGAAAUGGUGCGUGUUGUACCAAAAUAAUAUGCUGAUAAAGGACAAAUAAAGUUGCUUUAC